AUGCUGGGGGGCGCCAGGCUCCAGCGGCGGCGGCGGCAGCUGCAGCAGCAGCCCCGGCGGCGGCAGCCUCCGCUCUGGCCGAUGAGCGCCGACCCGCCGCCGCCGCCGCCGCCCUGGCUUUGGAUGGUCCCCGGCUCGGCCGGGCUGCUCCGCCUGGGCGCCGGGGUCGCGCCCCCGCCCGUGCUGCUCGCCGCGGCGCAGCCCCCCGCCGGCCCGCUGCUCCCCGGGCUGCCCGGCUGGCGAGCCCCGGCCGAGCCCCUGCUGCCGCUGCUGCCGCUGCCGCCGCUGCCCUCUGCGCCAGACCACGCCGCCGCCGCCGCCGCCGCGCACCACCUCCCGGUGCUGCACGCGCAGUGGCUGUGCGGUGGCCAUUCUCCAGCCAUAGGACUGUCCCCCUCGUCCACUGUGGAGUUGGUGCCCAUCUUCCCACAUGUCUGCCCAUCUGCUCUUCCACCUCCUAUUGGGAAAAGUUGGAUAGACAAAAGGAUUCCUAAUUGUAAGAUCUUCUUUAAUAAUUCCUUUGCUCUGGACUCCUCGUGGAUCUAUCCUGAGGAAUCAAGGUUGUUCCAUGGGCACGAAAAGCCCCAUUUGUUGGCAAAUCAAGUCGCACUGUCUCUGUCCAGACCAGCUCCUGCCUCCCGGCCUCUUCCCACCGUGGUGUUAGCACCUCAGCCAAUACCAGGUGGUUGUCACGGCGGCCUGAAGCCUGUCAGCAGCAGCCCGGGCAUUGCCAUCACCGCCGCGGCCGCCGUGGUGUCUGUGGAUCCCGAGGGACUGGGGGGCCCGGCCCCCUCCAGCGUGCAGCCCUGCCACUUCCUGACGUUGGCGCCCAUCAAGAUACCCCUGAGGACCGCCCCCUUCUCAGAUAAAAGCCGAGAGCGCAGCCGAGCGCCCUGCCCGCCCGCCCUGGUGCUGCACGCCGAGAGGAAGAGCCCGGCCAGGGACGGAGACGACAAGGAGCCUCCAUCGAUACUCGUCACAAGAGAGGACAGUGCGGCGGAGGGCAACAGACCCGUGGCCUCUACCCCGGUGCCCGGAUCCCCCUGGUGUGUGGUCUGGACGGGCGAUGACCGCGUCUUCUUCUUCAACCCGACGAUGCAGCUGUCGGUGUGGGAGAAGCCCAUGGACCUGAAAAACCGUGGAGACCUCAACCGGAUCAUCGAGGACCCGCCCCACAAGCGCAAGCUGGAGGCCCCAACACCCAACCACAGCGACGGGUCACGGUCUGAGGACGGCAGGGGAGACCGCAGCCUGAGAACCAAGAGGAACCGGACAGAAGGCCACGUGAGUCCUGGGCCAGAGGAGACGGAAGGAGAGGCCAAGAGCAUCAAGACGCCGCCGCCGCAGAUCCUCCUGCCGCUGGAGGAGCGGGUGACCCACUUCCGAGACAUGCUGCUGGAGCGAGGGGUGUCUGCGUUUUCUACCUGGGAGAAAGAAUUACAUAAAAUCGUGUUUGAUCCACGCUACCUCCUGCUGAACUCUGAGGAGCGGAAACAGAUAUUUGAACAGUUUGUCAAGACAAGGAUAAAAGAGGAAUACAAGGAAAAGAAAAGCAAACUGCUGCUAGCCAAAGAAGAAUUCAAAAAACUUCUGGAGGAAUCUAAAGUGUCACCCAGGACCACAUUUAAGGAGUUUGCGGAGAAGUACGGCCGGGAUCAGAGGUUUCGACUCGUUCAAAAAAAGAAGGACCAGGAGCACUUUUUCAACCAAUUCAUACUUAUCCUUAAGAAACGGGACAAGGAAAACAGACUCAGGCUACGGAAAAUGAGAUGAGUGUGUAAGAAGUGCAAUAAGACAGGUGCAGAGUGGAGGGGGCACGGUGAGGGGUGCGGGCGUCCGCGUGGCCGCCGAGCGGGGGCUGCGUGCAGGUCUCAGAGGAUUACUGUUUCAUAUUGAAGCUCUCUUUUGUACGACGUUCCGAGUUUGAUGCAUUUCUAAUUGCCGUGGUAGGUCGCUCCCUUAAUUGUUUUAAUUAUGCAAAUUACUUGUAAUAUAUACAAAUUAUAAAUCCACUGCAGGUUUGUAACUAGGCAGAAACAUCUAUAACCAUCUCCAGGCGUUUUCAUGAGUUGAGCCAAUUAUCUGAAACUUUUCUGAAAACCUUCGUGCGUUCCUUCGAUUCUGAGCUCCUUACGCGAGUGUGCUAGGUCUCGGUCCCGUGUUCUGAGUAGUAGCAAUAGGAUAUUCAUCAUCAAUCAUAGUGACAACUGUGAGCAUCUCCACACGUGGACCCUGGACCCCCUGCAGGAGUCUGAGGGGAUCGCCUGGUCCCCGAGGGGCGUCGGGCCCGGAGAGGGCAGCUGCACUGUCGGAGGUCCUUCUUAAAACGGAAUUAUUUUGUACAAAAUCAUCAUAUUAAUAUUUGCGUUAUUUUUAUUGUAUGCCCAGAGUUUGCAUGAGAUUUUUCUCAUCAUCUUUGUAUAAAAAGAAUUUUAAAUUUUUUUUAAAUUAAUAAAUAUUUUAAACCAGU